AUGAAGCCGGACGCCGCUCGCGAGCCCGAGCCGCCGACCCCCGGACGGGGCCCAGAGCCCGAGGGGCGCUGGCGGGAGAGGGGCGAGGCGGACUCGGAGCGGCAACGCACCCGCGAGCGCCAAGAGGCCACGCUGGCGGGGCUGGCGGAGCUGGGGUACCUGCGACAACGCCAGGAGCUGCUGGUGCGCGGAGCGCUGCGCUGCUCCGGGGCGGUGGGGACCACCGCGCCCCGCACCGGGGAGCUGCGGGGGGAUGCGGUGCAGCGCAGCCGCCUGGAGGAGAAGUUCCUGGAGGAGAACAUCUUGCUGCUGAGGAGGCAGUUGAAUUGUUUGAGGAGAAGAGACGCUGGUUUGCUGAAUCAGUUGCAGGAACUUGACAAGCAGAUAAGUGACCUGAGACUGGAUGUUGAGAAGACGUCUGAGGAGCGCCUGGAGGCAGACAGUCGGCCCAGCUCAGGGUUUUAUGAGCUGAGUGAUGGGGCUUCGGGGUCCCUGUCUAACUCCUCCAACUCCGUGUUCAGCGAGUGUCUGUCCGGUUGCCAUUCCAGCACCUGCUUUUGCAGCCCAUUAGAGUCAGCCUUGACUGUCUCAGACGGUUGCCCCAAGUCUGCAGAUCUCAUAGGAUGGUUGGAAUGUAAAGGCGGCCACUUUGAAGACCAGGCCUCAGGGGCAAUUUGCAGUUCCCCCUCUACACAAUUUAAUUCCCUUGAUGUCAUUGCAGAUGUGAAUCCUAAAUACCAGUGUGAUCUUGUGUCUAAAAACGGGAAUGACGUAUAUCGCUAUCCCAGUCCACUUCAUGCUGUCGCUGUGCAGAGCCCAAUGUUUCUCCUUUGUCUGACGGGCAACUCUCUGAGGGAAGAGGAGGGGCUUGGGAACCAUGCCGCCGACAUUUGCCUCGGAUCUGAACUGAAUGCCGCCAAAACAGAAACUUCCCUGCCAUCUCCGAGCAGUUUGUGGUCAGCCUCUCACCCUUCAUCCAGUAAGAAAAUGGACGGCUACAUUCUGAGCCUGGUCCAGAAGAAAACACACCCUGUAAGGACCAAUAAACCUAGAACCAGUGUGAACGCUGAUCCUACCAAGGUGCUUUUGAGGAAUGGAAGUGUGUGUGUCAGGGCCCCUGGAGGUGUCCCCCAGGGCACUGGUGUGACCCUCAAGAAUACGAAACAGAUGUGUUUGCCCACCGGGGGAAUACCUUCUUUGGAAAACGGGCCGUUCUCCCCACCUAAGCAGAAGGCAAAAGACUCAAAGACGGAGCAGUUAGAAAGCAAGAGGCUGGCUCUGGCGGAGGGCUGUUCAGCAGGCGCUGCCGUGGAACCCCAAAACAAGCAUCUGUCCAAACCCGCCAAGGCAGCAUCGCAAGAGCUUGCAAGGUGUCCGGCCGGGCUCGGGGAAUCCAUGAAGGACAGCAACCAAGUCUCGGCUGGUUCUCCUAAAGCAAGUCCCGGCAGAAGCCCUGUUGCUCUGGCGGAGGGCAAAGCCCUGCAGCCCCAGAAAAAGAUGCCACCGAAGAGCGGCCCACAGGCCUUGGACUUCAAAAGCGAGGGCUCCUCUCAAAGCCUGGAGGAAGGGCAUCUGGUGAAAGCUCAGUUCAUCCCAGCGCAGCAGCAGGCAGGCGCCAGGCAGCAUCGUGCACACAGGAACCCGGGGAUCGCAAGGAGCGCCACCUUGAAGGUCCGAGGCCCGGCGGCCCCGGAGCACGGCCUGCCCACCGUCAGGGAGAAAACACGGGCUGCAAGCAAGAAGUGCCGUUUUCCCGACGACUCGGAUACAAAUAAGAAACUCAGGAAAGCCUCCUCCAAAGGCCGGCGCGGAGGCGGUCCACCCGACCCAGGCUUUCCCGGCAGGACCCUAGGCGCCGGCGGCCAUAGGGCGGGCAGCAGGGCGCACGCGCACGGACGGGAGCCGGUGGUGGCCAAACCUAAACACAAGCGAACCGACUACCGCCGGUGGAAGUCGUCGGCAGAGGUCUCCUACGAGGAGGCCAUGCGGCGGGCGCGGCGAGCCCGCCGGGAGCACGCGGCCGCCUACCCAGUGGCCAUGGCACUACCUUACCCGAGUCCCUACGCCUACGUAGCCAGCGACUCGGAGUACUCGGCCGAGUGCGAAUCGCUCUUCCACUCCACCGUGGUGGACACCAGCGAGGACGAACAGAGCAACUACACCACCAACUGCUUCGGCGACAGCGAGUCCAGCGUGAGCGAGGGCGAGUUCGUGGGUGAGAGCACCACCACCAGCGACUCCGAGGAGAGCGGGGGUUUAAUCUGGUCCCAGUUUGUCCAGACUCUUCCAAUUCAAACGGUCACGGCCCCAGACCUUCACACCCGUCCCACAAAAACCUUUGUCAAAAUUAAGGCUUCACACAACCUCAAGAAGAAGAUCCUCCGCUUCCGGUCUGGCUCUUUGAAACUGAUGACGACCGUUUGAGUAGUUCAAGUAGCAAGCAAGAGUCUUCCCCUCCCUCUAAGUCUCUGAAAAAAGAAGAAAAAGGUGUUGUCUUAAUCUUUGCGUCAUACUUAAAAGGGAUACUUUCCUUUUAUUAAGCUAAACCCAAGAUAAAUUAUGUCUCAUCGUCAUGUAUGGACGCUAGUGCCUUUAAUGGAAGGUGAAGGAUGUAUCGCUAGUUAGAAAUCAAUAUUGAGGUCUUAAUGGCGGUUAUAGCGAAUGGAUUUUGAUUAUCAGCUGUUUUGUUCGAGCGUCUGGCAAAGUACAGGUUUAUGAUGUUCAGGUUUUAUUUGGAUGAGACCUUUUGUUUCCAAGGUCAGUGGAUGGAAUUUUUAAGAGGUGAACUCACUCCU